AUGUGGUGGGAUGAUGUUGAAGAAUGUCAUGAUUAUGGAAAUAUAUAUCCCGACUUCGCCCAAUUCAACGCCCUCCUCUCCCAGACCCACCUGGCUGAGGUCAUCAACAGCCGCCGCACAAUUACCGUCCUCGCCCUCACCAACGCCCACCUCGGCGAGCUCUCCGGGAAGCCCGAAGACGUAGUCAAGCGUAUCCUCAGCACCCACGUCGUCCUCGACUACUUCGACGUCCUCAAGCUCAACAAGCUCAAGGGCAACCACAACAUCCUCACAAACCUCUACCAGUCCACGGGCACGGCAGAUGACCAGCAGGGGUUCCUCAACGUGGUCCACAACCCGAACGGGAUCUUCUUCGGCUCGGCCAUGAAGGGUGCCCCAGUUGAUGCCAAGCUCGAGGGCUCCGUUGCUACCCAACCAUAUAACAUAUCCGUCCUCAGCGUUUCUCACGUCAUUGUGGCCCCUGGUAUCGAUGGCAGCUUGGCCCCAGUCCAGGCACCUCCGCCCAAAGCAGCAGCUGCUGCUGCUGCGCCUGAGGCUGACCCACCGGCCGAGAGCCCCGAGGACGAUUUGCCGGCGGACGAGCCCUCGGCCGAUGCUGAGGCGCCUGCGGCCCCAUCGGACGCGCCGGCGGCUGCAGCGCCUGGGCCCGAUGCCGCGCCUGCAGACGCUGACGAUGCUCAGCCUGCGCCGUCGGAGAAUGAUGCUGGGAGAGCGGUGGUUUCCGGUGUGUUAGUCGGCCUGGCUGUGGGGUUGGUUUCACUAUGGAUCUAA